GAAGAAAUCAAACCAUGGUCACCAAACAUGGUGGCAAGGGAGAGGUUCGCAUGGAUUAGAUGCUUGGGAUUACCUCCACACGCAUGGAAGAUGGACUUUUUCCAAUCACUCGGAAAUCUGUGGGGCACUUUUGUUUCGGUGGAUGAUAGCACAAGCAAGAAAAAAUGCCUUGACGUCGCUCGAUUCCUCUUAUCAACGCCCGUAAUGGAAUCCAUUUCAAAAUCUUUAUCAAUAAAGGUUAAUGGAAUCAUUUUUACAGUUAAGUUCUCUGAGGAGGAGUCCAACAACGGGAUGCAUGUCAUGAAUACAGAUUUUAAGAUUAAAGAAGCUUACGAGGAAGGCGAGGAAUCUUCAACGGACGGAUCUGUCGGUACAGAUUUCAACAUGCCUGGAAUGGAAGCUGCAGAAAAUAAAGGAUUUGAAGAAGAUGAUGACGUGGAGAUUCAAUUAGGAGUGCAGGAGACAAAUCAGCAAGAGGCGGAGAGAAAUAUGGACACGGUGGCAUCAUCAGAGGGGGACACAUCAAUUGUUAAGAAGAAGGGUCAACCAAAUGGACAAGAAAGGAGUGUGUUAGGUUCUGGAGAAGCAACAGAAGAUGAAGAUUUGGUGUCAGCGGGAACAGCCGAAAAGCAGCAGAGUUCAGGGAGCGCAACGGGUAGUUUGGAAGGGCUUACAAGCAAGCAAUUAAUGAGUGAUGGGCUCGAGAAGGAAGAGGGACAGGUCCAGCUGGAGACGGAAACAUGCAGAGAGAGUAUUGGGAACAGCCACAGUAAGAGUAGUAAUGGGCCAAUAUUGGGUGGUAAAAAUCAAGAAGUGCAAAGCCCAUAUCAGAUAAGUAAAGAAACCAAAGAAAAAUUAAAAGAGGGCAAGCACGUGAGGCCAGGAGCAACAGAAUCAGACCUGUUCUGGGAAGACAUGGACAGCGACGUAAGGGACUUACCGGAGUGGGCAAAAGUUCUUGAAGGGAAGAAGAGCAAAAAGAAAAAAAGGAGAGUGAAGCUGUGCCGUUCAGUGUAUAUGAAAUCUGGCGAGCUUGAAGGUGUUCUGGUGCAGAAGAAGAAGAAGAAGAAGGGAACUCAAUCGGUGACAGAGAAAAUGACGCAGCAAAUCAUAUUCCAGGCUGAUCCAGCGGACUCAGUUGCAGGUGACUCCAUAAAUGACAGUAAUAUACAAAACUGCAACAAGGGGAUUAGAGUGAAGAGCAAUAUUAAAGACUCCGAAGCUUUAUGGAGCUAUAUCAAGGAGUUGGGAGUUGCAAUGAAAGGGGAUGAGCUACCGGCAAUCCAAAGGCUUGAAGAAAUGGAGCAUCGAGACAAGGAAAGAAGAAGGAAAGAUAUGGCAACACCGACAACAAGAAAUCAGAGGGAAAUUCAUGAGCUGGUGAAUAAACAUAGACCGGAGGUUUUAUUCUUGCAAGAAACAAAAGUAGAAAAUGUGGAUAAAAGUUAUUAUAGAAGGUUAUGGGAUUCAGAUGACAUGGAUUGGGUAGCAAAAUCAUCCUUGGGUGCCUCGGGUGGUUUAAUUAUCAUAUGGAACAGGGCAGUGCUACAGAAAGUAAGUGUUUUUGAAGGGGAGGGAUACAUCGGGAUCCAGGGGUUAUGGGGUGCUGAUGCCUUACCAUGCUUUCUGUGUAAUGUGUAUUCCCCAUGCGAUCUUGAGAGGAAGAGGAGUGUAUGGAGAGAACUUGAACAGAUGAUUAGGAAGAACAAGGGGUGUUGGUGUCUUGGUGGGGAUUUUAAUGCUAUUAGAAGUUUGCAGGAAAGAAAGGGGGGUAAGAGCGCCAGGAUAGAAGUAAAGGAGUUUGAACAAUUUAUAGUGAAUAACAGCCUGACAGAUUUACCAUUGCUAGGAAGGAAGUACACAUGGUACCAGCAAAAUGGACAAUGUAUGAGUCGUUUGGAUAGAUCUCUGUCGGAUCAUUGCCCGAUACUGGUAAAAAAUGAGACACGGAAUUGGGGGCCAAAACCAUUCAAGUUCUUCAAUGCCUGGCUACAUACUCCUGGAUUUAGAGACAUGGUUGCAGCAAAAUGGAAAGAAUUUAAAGUUCAAGGAUGGGGAGGUUUCAUUGUUAAGGAGAAAUUAAAGUUGAUGAAGGACUUUCUUAGGGAAUGGUCUAAGUCUUCUUUGCAAGAUGUGGAUAGAAAGAUCGAGGAGGCCAGAAAGGAGUUAAACAGAAUCGAUAGAAUAGGAGAAACUUGCAGCUUAACAGAUGAUGAACUCAUGACCAGGAGCAAACAUUAUGCUAAGUUGUUAAAGAAUAUGCAGCUGAAAGAAGAGAUGGCCCAACAGAAAGCGAGAAAGAACUGGUUAAAAACAGGGGAUGCAAACACCAGUUAUUUCCAUAAAAGCAUCAAAGCAAGAUGGCGCAGGAAUGAAAUUAACAUAAUAUCAGUAGAAGGCAGAGAAUUGAAGCAAGUGGAUGAGAUAAAACAAGGCAUAAUGGAGUAUUUCCAGAAAUUAUUCACAGAUGAUGGGUGGUCAAGACCAACUCUACAGGGGUUAACUUUCAAAACCAUUUCGGACAAUGAUAGAAGCAUGCUUACCCAACCAUUCACAGAAGAAGAAGUCAAAGAGGCGGUAUGGAACUGUGACAACACUAAAGCGCCAAGGCCAGAUGGUUUUAAUUUUGGCUUCUUAAAGGCUCAAUGGGAGGUGAUUAAAGAAGAUGUCUUGAAGUUCCUUAUGGAUUUUCACAAAAAUGGAAGACUGGUAAGGGGUUCUAAUGCAUCAUUUAUUGUUUUGAUACCAAAAAAAGAGAACCCUCAAGGUAUCGAGGAGUAUAGGCCUAUCUCCUUAAUUGGUUGCAUCUAUAAAAUCCUUGCUAAAUUACUAGCAAAUAGACUCAGCAAGGUAUUGAAUGGAAUCAUAGGUGAAAAUCAAUCUGCAUUCAUUGAGGGAAGACAAUUGGUUGAUGGGGUGGUAGUGGCGAACGAAGCAAUUGACGGAGUGAGGAAAAGGAAAUCCCAGUGCUUUGUCUUCAAAAUUGACUUUGAAAAGGCAUAUGACAAUGUCAAUUGGUCCUUUCUUGAUUAUAUGAUGGAGAAAAUGGGUUUUGAUGCAGUUUGGAGAAGGUGGAUCUCAGAGUGUUUGAAGUCCAAUACUGUAAUCUGUUCUAGUAAAUGGAAGUGCUACCAAAGAGUUCUCAAUGUCUAGAGGACUCCGGCAAGGACGUUUCGUGUCAUUGGUGCAGCAGAUUUUUAUGGUCACGCCGCCCCCAGGAUACAAUAGCCUAACCUCCUUGUUGUAUCUUUACAAGUACUGCCCUCUUGUAAAGAAAGCUCUACCCUACCACCUUUUCCUUGCCUAAAGAGAGUUUGUAUAUUGUGUUUGUGAAAUAAGAAUGCAGAUAAUAAAAAUUGUAUCAAAUC